GAACUUAUCUGAAGCAGCAGAGAGGAGCAGCAACUGGCUGUGGUUGAGACAGAAAGAUUCUGGCUGGGGAUCUCAAGCACAAUAGAAAGAAAGAAACGCUGAUGUAUAGGGUCCUGGGAAGUAUCCUGCACAGAAAGCCCUCCACAGCCCCAGGCUACACGGACUAACUGGCAGCAAUGCAGUGGCCCCGGUCGCAACCCCACUCCCAUUUCUCUUCAAAGCUACCUCCAACACAUCAUCAGCAGAACCUCCUGAAUGUGCAGCCCAGCUGGGACUCCACAGAGAGGCUGCUGGCCCUGGAGAGAGAGGAAGACAAAGGACAGGACCCAGCGGAAUACUGUUACGGAGGAUACCACCUUGUAAAUAUAGGGGACACGUUUAACGGAAGAUACCAAGUGCUGCGAAAACUUGGGUGGGGCAACUUUUCCACCGUAUGGCUGUGUCAAGAUUUACAGGAGAAGGGCUGUGUAGCUGUGAAGGUAUCCAAGAGCGGGGCUGAGUUCACUGAGGCUGCCCAGGAUGAGAUAACUCUUCUCAGAUGCGCUGGUGGUCCCAACAGGAAGCAGCACUCAUACAGCCAGCGGAUUGUGACUCUACUUGAUGAGUUUAAACUAGUCGGGAGAAAUGGGAUCCAUGUGUGCCUGGUGUUCGAGCUCCUGGGACAGGACCUCCAUUACUGGAUGCUGGGCUCCAGGCAGACAGGGCUCCCCCUCCCCUGGGUCAAGCUCAUCAUCCAGCAGGUACUCCAGGGUCUUGACUAUCUUCACACCAAGUGUAAGAUCAUCCACACAGACAUCAAGCCGGAGAAUAUCCUGCUCAGUGUGGGGGAGCAGUGCCUUAACCAGCCACCAGGGGGCACCAGGAGUGUGCGAUGUCACCUGAGGGGAAACCAAAGAGGAAUCCAACCAGAUUUGUCUCCCUGUGACAGCCUGCUGUUCAAGUCCUGUAAACCUGAACAGAUCAAUGUGAAAAUCGCAGAUCUUGGCAGUUCCUGUUGGGUGUACAAGCACUUUUCAGACGAGAUUCAGACCCGGCAGUACCGGUCCCUGGAGGUUCUGAUUGGUUCUGACUAUGGCACCCCCGCUGAUAUAUGGAGCACUGCGUGCAUGGCAUUUGAGUUGGUGACGGGGGACUCUCUAUUCGAGCCACACGCGGGGAAAACCUUCUCACGACAAGAGGACCAUAUCGCUCACAUUAUCGAGCUGCUGGGGAAUAUUCCGGUGAGACUUGCUUUGUCUGGGAGAUACUCCGGGGAGUAUUUCAACCCCUACGGUCAUCUCCGGCGAAUCCAAGUGCUCCGACCCUGGAGUCUGUGUGAGAUCCUGGUGGAGAAGUAUGACUGGCGGCUGGAGGAGGCAUCUGUCUUUGCUGAUUUCCUGCAGAGGAUGUUGGAGUUCAUUCCAGAGAAGCGGGCCACAGCAGCACAAUGUCUGCAGCACCCCUGGCUCACUUCCUGAUCCCACUGCAGCCGAGCCAAGCCAAGCCAGGACAGCAGCAAAACAUACCAAUAAUAAUAAUAAUAAUAAUAAUAAUAAUAAUAAUAAUAAUAAUAAUAUUUGGUGCUACAGCUGGGGUCACAGGUUGCUUGUGAAAACCACAGCCACAAUACUUUAUGGUUUACGUACCUUUGCCCUAAUAAUUUACCUUGGUAAAUUUGCACAACAUUUCUGUACUUUUUUAUGCCUUACCCAUGUGUAUACUGCGCAUUUACUUACCGUUCUUCUCUAUGCUUUAACACAUGCUUUCUUACACUUUGCUAUGCUUUUACCAUGGUAUACGCGGUAACCUUUUAUUGAAAAGAAAUUUGAAUUGCAAAGUUGUCAAAAAUGUGUACUACAAUACUCUCCAAUAAUAAAUGUACCUUGAUGAUGGGUCAUUUAUUGCCCAUUUUAAACCUCAGAACCCUUGCUAAAUAUUUUGGUAUGUCUGAAUAGAUACAUUAAUUGUCCUAUCUUCAUACAUUUUUAAACAUCUCAACAUUUCUUAAGCAGAGUAUUGCAAGAACUGAGCUUAUAUAAUCAGAUGUAAACGAGUUGAUCUAAUGAUGUGUUUUUCUGUAACUGUACUUUAUAUAUUCUUCAAACAAAGUGAAAUGUUCCUAUUACAUUUUGUUUUUAAAUAAAAAAAAAGCCAGGAUGUCUGUAAUGUCGUUGAAUUUAAACUCGUGUUAGAAACUAUUCUUUAUUACU